AUGGGCUGGGAAGUACUGCUUCAUCCCUAUUACAGUCCUCAUUUAGCGCCUAGUGGUUUCUAUUUGUUUCGUGCACAGAAGGAGGCAUUACGUGGGAAGAGGUUCCAGGACAACGAGGACGUGAAAAGCUCUGCAGGCGGCGCAGUCCGGGGCCACGGCGUGGAGCCAAGGCGCGGCCGCUGCCAGGGCGGGGGAGACUCGGGCCGGCGAGGAAGUGGCGGGCAGCAGGCGUGGCAGGGGGCAGCACGGCGCAGGCGAUCCAGGGCAGUGGGGGCCUCUGAGCUGCAGGUGGCGUGGCGCAGGAGGUGGGCAAAGAGAGGUUACGGUGAGCUACACGGCUGGACCUGCGAGGCGACGUGGCGAGCGCCACAGCAGGCAGCGCUGUGCGACGCGCAGAGUGGCGAGUGGGGCGUUGUCGUGCUGGAAAGUCACGCCCGGCUGCGGCUCGUGGCGCAGCAGCAGCCAGCUGGCGGGUCCCGUGUGGCUAUGGCGGCUCCAGCAGGUGUGGCACAGCAGCAGCCAGCUGGCGGGUCACGUGUGGCUGUGGCGGCUCCAGCAUGUGUUGCACAGCAGCAGCCAGCUGGCGGGUCCCGUGUGGCUGUGGCGGCUCCAGCAGGUGUGGCACAGCAGCAGCCAGCUGGCGGGUCCCGUGUGGCUGUGGCGGCUCCAGCAGGUGUUGCACAGCAGCAGCCAGCUGGUGGGUCCCGUGUGGCUGUGGCGGCUCCAGCAGGUGUGGCACAGCAGCAGCCAGCUGGCGGGUCCCGUGUGGCUGUGGCGGCUCCAGCAGGUGUGGCACAGCAGCAGCCAGCUGGCGGGUCCCGUGUGGCUGUGGCGGCUCCAGCAGGUGUGGCACAGCAGCAGCCAGCUGGCGGGUCCCGCGUGGCUGUGGCGGCUCCAGCAGGUGUGGCACAGCAGCAGCCAGCUGGCGGGUCCCGCGUGGCUGUGGCGGCUCCAGCAGGUGUGGCACAGCAGCAGCCAGCUGGCGGGUCCCGUGUGGCGGUGGCGGCUCCAGCAGGUGUGGCACAGCAGCAGCCAGCUGGCGGGUCCUGUGUGGCUGUGGCGGCUCCAGCAGGUGUGGCACAGCAGCAGCCAUCUGGCGGGUCCCGUGUGGCUGUGGCGGCUCCAGCAGGUGUGGCACAGCAGCAGCCAGCUGGCGGGUCCCGUGUGGCUGUGGCGGCUCCAGCAGGUGUGGCACAGCAGCAGCCAGCUGGCGGGUCCCGUGUGGCUGUGGCGGCUCCAGCAGGUGCGGCACAGCAGCAGCUAGCUGGCGGGUCCCGUGUGGCUGUGGCGGCUCCAGAAGGUGUGGCACAGCAGCAGCCAGCUGGCAGGUCCCGUGUGGCGGUGGCGGCUCCAGCAGGUGUGGCACAGCAGCAGCCAGGUGGUGGGUCCCGUGUGGCUGUGGCGGCUCCAGCAGGUGUGGCACAGCAGCAGCCAGCUGGCGGGUCAUGUGUGGCUGUGGCGGCUCCAUCAGGUGUGGCACAGCAGCAGCCAGCUGGUGGGUCCCGUGUGGCUGUGGCGGCUCCAGCAGGUGUGGCACAGCAGCAGCCAGCUGGCGGGUCCCGUGUGGCUGUGGCGGCUCCAGCAGGUGUGGCACAGCAGCAGCCAGCUGACGGGUCCCGUGUGGCUGUGGUGGCUCCAGCAGAUGUGGCACAGCAGCAGCCAGCUGGUGGGUCCCGUGUGGCUGUGGUGGCUCCAGCAGGUGUGGCACAGCAGCAGCUAGCUGGCGGGUCCCGUGUGGCUGUGGCGGCUCCAGCAGGUGUGGCACAGCAGCAGCCAGCUGGCGGGUUCAGCAGGUGUGGCGGAGCAGCGGACACUGAACGGCCCUCGCGGUCCAGGCUGCCUUAA